CGGGGCCCUGGGUAAGUCGCCGGGCUCUGGGAUGGGGCUGGGGGCUGGGAGCUGGAGGCGGGCAGAGGGGAAUCUGAAGGCAAAGGUGAUUUGUUGGUAAAGAUGGAGGCUUUGUUGAGGGUUCUUAAUCUGGGGUCCCUCCCAAGAGAGAACCCAGGACCCCCAGUGACCACAGAUGUGAUGGGGCCGGAGGAUUUGGGGGACAAUAGUUUCCAUUAUACCUUUGUCACUGCUACCUUCCUGGAGACUUUCUUCUGGAAAAGGCUUCCCUGGCUACCGGUCCAGAUGGUGGUGAGUCAGGGGGCUGGACUUUGUCCCUGUGAUCUCUCCUUGGCCACUUGCUUCCGUGAUUGGUGGGGGUGCACUGAAGGGCUGGGCUUCUCUCUGUGGGGCCUGUGCUGCUUCUGGGGUUACAUGGAGGGAGAAGCAGGGCAGUGGGGACUGUGCUGGGGUGAGUGGCAGUCGGCCCAGUCACGUGACAAGAUCCUGGGGCUGGGCAGGUCACCAGUCUUUGGGGUGGCGUUCGGCGCACCGGGCACAGCGCCGGAGGGGGGGCUCAAUACCUUCUGUCAAGCGCAUGACAUGGGUCUGUACCACUGCAAGGGGCUGGGACUGACUGCUGAAGACUGGCCAGUUGGGCUGAGCACAAAAUGAUGUUUCAGGAGAUUGGCCAGGCCGAGGUGGGAGAGCAGAGGCUCCUGGAAGAAGAUGAGGAUAGGGGCUGGGCACGGUGGUUCAUGCUUGUAAUCCCAGCACUUUGGGAGGCUGAGGCGGGUGGAUCACUUGAGGGCAGGAGUUUGAGACCAGCCUGACCAACAUGGUGAUACCCCGUCUCUACUAAAAAUACAAAAAUUAGCCAGGCGUGUUGGCACACGUCUGUAAUCCCAGCUACUUGGGAGGCUGAGGCAGGAGAAUCACUUGAACCUGUGAGGCGGAGCUUGCAGUGAGCCGAGAUCACACCAUUGCACUCUAGCCUGGGCAACAGGAGCAAAAAAUCCCGUCUCAAAAAAAAAGAAUCUAUCAAAUUGGGAAAAAUAAGAAAGUUGACAAUGGGCUUUGGACGGGCGUGGUGGAGCAGGGAGGUUGGAGCUGGUGACUCAACAUUUCCCUCCCUAGGGUUUGCUCAAACGUGACGGCAGAAAGGAGGUCACAGGUUUGCCUGGUGCCAAAGCAGGUGGGAGUAAAAGACGGAAAUGGCUAGGAAUGGCCAGCAACCGUGAAACAGCUUAGAAAUCACAGGCAAUCCAGCCGAGCGUGGUGGCUCACGCCUGUAAUCCCAGCACUUUCGGAGGCCGAGGCGGGUGGAUUUCUUGAGCCCAGGAGUUCAAGACCAGCCUAGGCAACAUGGCGAAACCCUGUUCCUACUAAAAAUACAAAAAAAUUAGCUGGACGUGGUGGCACGCCUGUAGUCCCAGCCACUCAGGAGGCUGAGGCAGGAGAAUUGCUUGAACCUGGGAGGUAGAGGCUGCAGUGAGCUGAGAUUGUGCCACUUUACUCCAGCCUGGGCAACAGAGCAAGACUACAUGUCAAAAAAAAAAAAGGGCAAAAAAGGCAAAAGAAAAAAAGAGAGAAAGAAAGAACAUGGGUUCACGGAAGAAGCAUGGAAAGUGCAAGACAGAGCAGCCUCAGAACCGACACGCUGAGAGCGGGAGAAAGGCAGGUGGGACAUGGGAGAGAGAAGUCCAGAGAGCAGUGGAGGGCUGGCCUCACUGGGCUGCCAAGGUGUGGCUUAAAGAUGGAGCUGGACAGGGGCGCGUUUGCCCAGCAUGGAGGCUGGGAGAUGAGGGGCUUGGUCAUUUGCUGAUGGGAGAUGGAGGCAGGGGCCCAGGGCCUGCAGGGACAGGAGAUGCAGCUGGAGCUCAGGGAUGAAUGCACGGGGGUGUCAGGCUGACCUGAGCCCACCCACACUGUGGCUUUGUGGCUGGAGUCAUCCGAGGGACCUCACCAUGGCCAUCACGUCUGGCCACGCUGCCCUGAAUCCAGUUGGAGUUGGACAGUGAUAGGGGGGCCUCAGCCUGUCAUAGUCCCUCAGAGCAGACCAAGAAUAGAGUCCCCCGGGAGUCCACCAGGCCAGGCUGGCAUUGCUGGUGCUACGAGCAUGGUGGUCUGCCUGCAUCGCUGGUGCUGUGAGCAUGGUGGGCUGUCCCCUACCCGAGCCUCCGGCAGGCUGGGAGCACCUUGCUGCUGUUUCAGGAGUGAAAGUCUGCGCCGGGGGCCUUUCCCACAGGGCUCGGUCGCUCCCACCCACCCCACAGCUGAGAGGAGCCCCACCCGUGGGCCAGACAGCUGGGGCGAUGAGAGGAAGGGGCGGUCCCCAUGCACAGCCCAGGAGGGGCUCCCCCCACCCCAGGAGGGUGGUGUCUGCUUCCUGAGUGGAACAACACAGGAAGCCUCUGCCUGGCCUUGUCCUUCCACUUGAAGACCCAGCCCCAGGGGAAGCUGAGAGAGGACCCGGGCCCCACUGCACCCUCCCCGAGGAAGAGCAGGGCCUGAGAUGUGGGUGACCUGCUGUACCCCGUGCCCCUUUCUGUGGAGGAAACAGCCCUGGCCCCGGGCCAGGACGGACCACGACACUGCAGCUGGCGGGUGGGGCCGCGGCGCUGGCUGGAGAGAGGGCCCGGAGCCUCUCUCCUGAGCUCACUCACCUCAAGGGGAGGCAGAGGCUCCCGGGGCAGUAGGAGUAGCAGGUGCGGCAAAAGGAUGGUGAGCAGGUGCUGGCGGGACCCCGGACCCUGGUCCAGGAAGGCGCUUGGAAGAGGCCGGUGGGCUGCCUGAGGCUGUGGGCCUGUCCGGCAGGGAAUGCCAGACAACGCCUGGAUGUGCUCUGAGAAGCAAAGGGCUGGUGCAGGGCUCCCCUGGCGCCCAAGCCUGGUUGGCCAUGCGUGCUGAGGAGCUGGACCUCGGUGCGUGGGAGGUGGGACGUCCAGUGGGCCCGGCUCUCCGGCUGCCCUGCCUUGAGUUGUUCCCACUGGGCCUCCUGCUGGGCCCACUGACUCUUUCCAGGCAUCCUUGCCAGGCCGUGGUGCCCAAAGGUCAGGCACGUGGUGGGAUCUGGACAUCAGCAGCUGGCGCUGCAUGGGCCACAUGGGACCAGCUGGAUGGGAAGCUGGCUCCGGCUCCUGCCCCUGGCUAGUCUCUGCUCUCAACAUACAGGCCUGGAUUCCAGAGGGGCCUCCUUGUGAAGGCCUCCGCCCGCAGCUGGGGCCCAGGAGGGGCGCGUGCAUUUUCACUUCAGCUGCCGCUUCCUUUGGUUUUGCAGAAGUGCUUGCAGCCCUUUCCCCCAGGGUUACUGGCUGGCAUCAGUGUGACUGGGCGGCACAGCCCUGGACCACCAAGAGCUCGUCCGCCCAGGUCAUUUUAAACUCUCAGAGUGAACGUCUUGAUAGGACCGACAAGACGCAUGACAUGUACUUAGAAAGCUUAUCUUAGAGCCACACUGAGAUUGGAACCCGCAAAAUAUGCCAGGUCCCAGGGGAGCCCUACGUGGUCCGGGCCAUGAGGAGCUGACCGCCAGCCCCCCGCAUCCACGCGUCUCCUGGUGCCGUUGCCCCUCCUUCUGACCCGUCAGGAAGGCUCCUUCCCAGGAGGUCACGUGUGGCAGGAGGCGGGGGAGUGGGGGAUAGCCCCCUCAGCAGAUGGGCACAGAGCCACAGACACCACGGACCUGGUGUCCAGAGGUGAAGGUCCCAAGGCUGGGUGAGGCCUGCGGCAGGGGGUGUGGGACUGAGGGGCAUUGAGGCCCUGACUGAGACUGCACGGCAACCAUGUGUGGGGUGGGGGAGCCAUAGGAAGUCGGGGAAGGACCAGACCAGAGUGGCUCUGUGCAGGCUGGGGCUGGAGGGGCCCCUCUGGCCACCCUGGGUCUUGCCUGCGUCUCCCCUUGUGUUUUGGAUUCUGGCUCUGCCUCCCAGGGCGUGUGAUUGUCAUGAAGGAGACGGGGCCCGUGUAGGGGCCGGAAACUUCCUCUGAGCUCAGGACUCGCACUGCAAGGCUGGGGCGCUCAUAUGAUGGGAAAAGAGCCGUCCGGGUGAAGAACAAGAGGAAGGUGAGCAAGGGGCACGACACUCACCCGGAGAAACCCAGCAAGCGUGGAGGCUGUGGGAAAACCGGAGCCCUGCACACCCCCCGCGGAAGGUGGGUCGGCGCGGCCACUGUGGAGAACAGCGCGGAGACGCCCCACAAGAUGAGACGGAACUGCCAUGAGAUCCAGCAAUGCCAACUGCGGGUCUGACCCAGGAGAACGGAGGGACGUGAACAGACCCUCCUCCUGUUCUUAACACCGUUAUUGUCAGCAGCUCAGCUAAGGCGCAGAGGCAGCCCAGCGUCUGUCAGCGGAGUCAUGGAUGAGCAGAACACGGCACACGCCACAUUUGGAGGAUUGUUCACAAUGGAAUAUAUAUAUAUAUAUAUACUUGUAUUUUUGGUGAGACCCUGGAGGACACACUGAAUACAAUGGAAUACCAUCCUGCCUUUGAAACGAAGGGAAGUCCUGGCACACGCCGCAACAGGAGGGAGCUUGAGGGCGUCAUGGCGAGUGGAGCACGUGAGACACCGAAGGACACACGCUGAAGACACACACAGAUGCCCACCCACGUGGGGAGGUGAUGGGGGAGCCCAGCGCACAGAGACAAAGUGGAAUGGAGGCCCGAGGGCUGGGGGCAAAUGCGGAGUGAGUGCUUCCUGGGGCAGAGUCUCCGUUUGAGAAGAGGAGAAGGUUCUGCCGACGGAUGUUGGCGAUGGUUGCAGAAGAAUGUGAAUGUGCUCAAUGCUAUUGAAGAACGGUUACAAUGGAAACGCCACCCCAGUGACCACCACUACCCCGUGGGCCUCCCUGGGCCUCCCCGCCAAGACCUGCAGCAACGUGUCCUUCGAGGAGAGCAGAAUAGUCCUGGUCGUGGUGUACAGCGCAGUGUGCACGCUGGGGGUGCCGGCCAACUGCCUGACUGCGUGGCUGGCGCUGCUGCAGGUGCUGCAGGGCAACGUGCUGGCCAUCUACCUGCUCUGCCUGGCACUCUGCGAGCUGCUGUACACGGGCACGCUGCCGCUCUGGGUCAUCUAUAUCCGCAACCAGCACCGCUGGACCCUGGGCCUGCUGGCCUGCAAGGUGACCGCCUACAUCUUCUUCUGCAACAUCUACGUCAGCAUCCUCUUUCUGUGCUGCAUCUCCUGUGACCGCUUCGUGGCCGUGGUGUACGCGCUGGAGAGUCGGGGCCACCGCCGCCAGAGGACCGCCAUCCUCAUCUCCGCCUGCAUCUUUAUCCUCGUCGGGAUCGUUCACUACCCGGUGUUCCAGACGGAAGACAAGGAAACCUGCUUCGACAUGCUGCAGAUGGACAGCAGGAUCGCCGGGUACUACUAUGCCAGGUUCACCGUUGGCUUUGCCAUCCCCCUCUCCAUCAUCGCCUUCACCAACCACCGGAUUUUCAGGAGCAUCAAGCGGAGCAUGGGCUUAAGUGCCGCCCAGAAGGCCAAGGUGAAGCACUCGGCCAUCGCGGUGGUUGUCAUCUUCCUUGUCUGCUUCGCCCCGUACCACCUGGUUCUCCUCGUCAAAGCUGCUGCCUUUUCCUACUACAGAGGAGACAGGAACGCCAUGUGCGGCUUGGAGGAAAGGCUGUACACAGCCUCUGUGGUGUUUCUGUGCCUGUCCACGGUGAACAGCGUGGCUGACCCUAUUAUCUACGUGCUGGCCACGGACCAUUCCCGCCAAGAAGUGUCCAGAAUCCAUAAGGGGUGGAAACAGUGGUCCACGAGGACAGACAUCACCAGGCUCACCCACACCAGGGACACCGAGGAGCUGCCGUCGCCCAUGGCCCUUGCAGACCACUACACCUUCUCCAGGCCCGUGCACCCACCAGGGUCACCAUGCCCUGCAAUGAGGCUGAUUGAGGAGUCCUGCUGAGCCCACUGUGUGGCAGGGGUGGAUGGCAGGUUGGGGGUCCUGGGGCCAGCAAUAUGUCUCCUGUCCACUGAGCCCACCAGCCACAGUGCCCGUGUCCCCUCUGGAGGACAAACUACCAAUUUCUCGUUCCUGAAGCCACUCCCUCCAUGACCAGUGGCCCCAGGCUUUCCCACAUGGAAGGUGGCUGCAUGCCAAGGGGAGGAGCGAUACCUCCAGGCUGCCAGGAGCCCAGAGAGCGUGUGGCAGGCAGUGGGGCCUCUUCAUCAGCAGCCCGCCUGGCUGGCUCCCUUGGCUGUGGGCAGGCAGCAGGCCUGCUGGCAGAGGUACCUGGUGGCUGUCCUGUUCGCAUCAGUGGCAAUGACUUUAUUUGCGGAGCAUUUCUGCAAGUGUUGCCCGGAUGCGGUGGCGCAUUGUGAGCCCUCUGGGCUCCUGCCUCAGAAUGUCAGUGGGCACCAUGCCGGGGGUCACCCAGCACUGUGGCAGUGCCCAGGAGGGCAUAGGGCAGCCUACCACCUCCAAGGGGGCAGGAGCCGUCAUCUGGGGUUGGGUCUGUGCUGAGCUGGAGGGCCUCUAGGGAACUGUGGGGCAGGGUGGCCAGCUGCUCCGGCUCCCAGAACGCAGCCUAGGCGUCCCCAACGGGGAGCCCCAAAUGUCCACGCCCAGAACGGCAGUUGGCAGGACAGGCGUGACACAGCCACUGCAGAGGCAAGGGGUGCCGGGAGUCCCCAGCUGCAUCCUUGGGGAGAAGCUGGUGAGGGGUCCGUACAGGGUAGGGCCCCCACCCCCAGCCCCUUACCGAGGGGGGAGUGCAGCAGCUGGCCUGCUUGUCUGGUGGAGAAAGCCAGCUCCCUGCACCCUCGGGGCUGAGUCAGAUCUGGGUCUGCCCCAAAGGCCUUGCCUAGGCCAGGUCACACUGAUGCCCUGGUUUCCCCAUCUGUAAAAUGGGGCCAACGACACCUACCUCCUGGGUCACCAUCGAGGUCAAUCCUCCUCCCUGCCCUGACACCUCGGGCACAUCGCACGCACUCAGAGCACAGAGCCGGGCAGACACAGCACCUGGAUGGGGAGCCCAGCGCCCAGCACAGUGCAGGGGCUUCCAGGGAGGCUGCGCAGGGCUGUGGGGCUGAGCCAUGCGCUUGUUUUGUCAGGUAGCUAUGCAGUUGCUCUUCCUCGUUUUUGUUUUUGUUUUGUUUUUUUUUAAUAUUUAUUUUUUUAGAGACAGGGCCUUGCUCUGUUGCCUGGGCUGGAGAACAGUGGCACCAUCAUAGCUCACUGCAGCCUCAAACUCCUGGGCUCAAGCAAUCCUCCCCGCUCAGCCUCCUGAGUAGCUGGGACUACAGGCGUGCACCACCACACCCAGCAAAAACAGCCAUCCUCCCCUUGAGAGUCAUCAGAAAAAUAUAUUAGGAAAAUGUGUUUAGAAAUAAAAGCACAAGGCAGGGCGCAGUGCUCACGCCUGUCAUCCCAGCACUUUGGGAGGCCGAGACGGGAGGAUCACUUGAGGCCAGGAGUUUGAGACCAGCCUGGGCAACAUGGCAAAACCUUGUCUCGUUUUUUGGUAUUAAAAAAAUAAUAAAAAUAAAAGAAAUCAUGCAAUCUAA